GCCCCGCCUCUCCAGGUGCGCUGAAGCCGGCAAACAUGGUCGACACCUAUAUUCUCAGCCAGGGCUUGACUACCCUGGCAGGGUUGUUGCUCUUGCCCUUCGGCAGCUUGGCCGCUAGUCAGAUCGAGGAUCAAGCAGAACAGUUCUUUAGAAGUGGCCAUACAAACAACUGGGCAGUUUUGGUUUGUACCUCCAGAUUCUGGUUUAAUUAUCGACAUGUUGCAAAUACUCUUUCUGUUUAUAGAAGUGUCAAGAGGCUAGGUAUUCCUGACAGCCACAUUGUUCUGAUGCUUGCAGAUGAUAUGGCAUGCAACCCUAGAAAUCCUAAACCAGCUACAGUGUAUAGUCACAAGAAUAUGGAACUGAAUGUGUAUGGAGAUGAUGUAGAAGUGGAUUAUAGAAGUUAUGAGGUAACUGUGGAGAAUUUUUUACGGGUGUUAACUGGGAGGAUUCCAUCUAGCACGCCUCGAUCAAAACGUCUUCUUUCUGAUGAUCGGAGCAAUAUUCUUAUUUAUAUGACAGGACAUGGUGGAAAUGGUUUCUUGAAAUUUCAAGAUUCUGAAGAAAUUACCAACAUAGAACUUGCAGAUGCUUUUGAACAAAUGUGGCAGAAAAGACGAUACAAUGAGCUACUAUUUAUUAUUGAUACUUGUCAAGGAGCAUCCAUGUAUGAGAGAUUUUAUUCUCCUAACAUAAUGGCUUUAGCUAGUAGCCAAGUGGGAGAAGAUUCUCUUUCGCAUCAACCUGAUCCUGCAGUUGGAGUCCAUCUUAUGGAUAGAUACACGUUUUAUGUCUUAGAAUUUUUGGAGGAAAUUAAUCCAGCUAGCCAAACUAAUAUGAAUGACCUUUUUCAGGUAUGCCCCAAAAGUCUGUGUGUGUCUACUCCUGGACACCGCACUGAUCUUUUUCAGAGGGAUCCUAAAAAUGUCCUGAUAACUGAUUUCUUUGGAAGUGUACGGAAAGUGGAAAUUACAACAGAGACUAUUAGUUUGCAGCCAGAUUCAGGAGUCAUGGAAAGCAGCUAUAAGAAAGACCAGAUGGUUGAGGAACUAAUGGAACCUCUGAAAUACGCUGAACAACUUCCUGUAGCUCAGAUAAUACACCAGGUGGUUAUGUGCCUAUCCUGAUACACUUGACAGCAUGUGAACUCAAGGAUCCACCAAAGGCAAUAGUACUAGAAGCGCCAUGACAGAAGGAGAAUAGGAAACACAGGAGGAUCUUCUUAGAAACUGGCUGUUUGGAUACAGACAUCUGAAAAUACAGUGUCCUUCAGCUUAAUGCUGUGUACUUGGCAGUGGUUACUGACCAGCAACAGAUCGAAACUGUGACUAGGAGUUAUUUAAUCUGUCAUCUAAAUUGACCUGAAAUCACCUUAAUGUGCUUCGCAAUAAGAAUUGAGAUUAUCAUUCACUUUACAAUGGAUAUAUUCAUGUCAGAAAAGUCGUAUUUUAUACUAAAGGAAUCAAUAACUUAGUUACAGACUUGUAACAUUCAAGAUUAACUUUCAUUUCAUUGUGCUAAUCCUGUUUAGUGAGUAAUUAGAGUAGUAUAUUUCAGUUAUAAUUUCUGAUAACAUUUUCUUUUUUAUUUACCAAGGUUAUUAAUACCUUGUGAAAACAGAAUAGUAUCCAUUUUACCUAAUUUUGGUUAACUAAGACAUUUCUAGUUUAAAUGUGCCAAUAAAGAUUUAAUUUUGUAGAAUAAAUGUUUUUAGUUUUAGAUAAUGUUGUUAAGUCUAUAAAGAUUGCUAGAGAGAGAGAUGUAAUAAUUAUAAAUGGAUCUAUUAGGCACUAAUUAUAUAUUUUACAUAUUUUGUUUUGCUAAAUAACUAUAUCUGUUAUACCUAAAAUUGUUAAAGUUUGUGAUAGAUUUAACUGACAUUUUAGCAAUCAAUUUUUAAGAAUUUCAGACUGACUUUGCUUCUUUCCUGGUACAUCUCAACUGUUUCUGACAAAAAUAAAAUAGUAACUGUAAUAGCUAUAAUCCUUAGCAUUCAACUAAUGUAGAAGUAGAAAAGGACUGUUUCAGAACAUUGAUUAAGCCAUUUAUAAGGCCUUUGUCCUUGGAAAGAUUGUUACAAGCAGGGUAUGGGAAAAAUAAUUAUAAGAUUUGUUUUUGUUUGCAAAUAUGUCAAACAUUUCUAUAAUGACUAUCAUGACUAAAUGUGACUGGUUUUGUUAAAAAUACUGUGUCAAACUUUAGAAAGCUUAUUGUAAAAGAAAUUUAGUUUCUAAUUUUUAGGUACAAGCAAAUGAUAUUCAAAAAGUUAAUUUGACUGAAAUUAACUAUUUCUCUGAAUAAUGGCUUCAUUUAAGCACAAAAGUAGGCUUCCUGAUUUGUACUUCAUACUAUAUAUUUCAAAUGCCAAAGAACACUUACAAGCACUGUAAUGAUUGUUUUGGAAGAGUAGCAUUACAGAAGUUAGAAAAAUUCUGCCUAAAAACACAGAGUUGGAAUUUAACUUUUCCUUAAAUAAAGUGUUAGUCACUCAGUCGUGCCCAACUCUUUAUGACCCCAUGGCCUGUAGCCCACCAGGCUCCUCUGUCCUUGGAGUUUUCUAGGCAAGAAUACUGGAGUGGGUUGCGAUUUCCUUCUCCAGGGGAUUUUCCUGACCCAGGGAUCGAACCUGGGUCUCCUGCAUUGCAGCAAAGUAACAAAAACCCAUUAUAGUAAUUUUCAACUUUUUUCCCUCAACUAUUUACCCAUUUAGAAAUAGUUGUAUAACUUGAAACAAGCAUUAUUCAUUAUUGGUGUAUUAUUGAGGAUUUUUGUCUUUGGUUUUUUGUCUUUUUUGGUAGAGAAAAAAAUUAAUUUAGAUGUACUUUUUGGAAUUUGGGAAUUUUUGAAUUAAGUUAUUGACAUUUUUCUUAACAAAGUGAGAGACUUUUCCUCAUGGUUUGAAAUUAAAAGGUAAUAUAAGAGUAUGCUGAUUUUGCACUGCUUUCUUAGAUUCAUGUUAUCUUAAUGUUAACAAAUCUUCUAGAUUCUUAAAAAUCUAUGCAAUCCUGCUUCUCUUAGAUGGCAUCUCACCAAAAUGUUGUCCACUCAGUCAUAGAAAAGUCCUCUCAUACUCCUCAGAGCAACCUGUUCUUUCUUUGAACUGCUUGUUGGAAAAUUUUCUUAUAUCUAAUUAGGAACAAUCUCUUAUGCUUUCCACUCCUUCAUUUUAGUUCUCACACUGACGGCUACAUAAAACAAGUCUAGUCCAGGUUGCAUUCUGCCAGCCAUCAUCAGAUAUUUGAAAAGAUACUACUUUUCUCCUCAACUUUCCAGGAAGAUUCUGUUUUAAGGAAGACAUUGCGGUGUCAUGGAAAGACCAUGGUCUUUUAAAUGAGCAGGCCUAAGUUCAAACUAAGUAGGCUAAUUAAUAAUUUUGUUACUUUGGAUGAUUUACUUACCUCUUUUACUCUAGUUCUUAUCUGUAAAAUGGGGUUAAAACUUUCAAUGAAGAAUUGUUACAAGAUAAUGUGUCCGGAGCAUUUGGCACAUUCUUGACACAUUCUUGACGCUGAACAGAUGUUGGUUGUUUACAGAUGUUGACUAUCUUCUCUUUUUCCUUUCCCAUUCCACCUCCCCUCUUCCAUAUUUAGGAGAACAUAUUUAAAAGCAUGAUUAUUUUAUUGAGGCAGAGAAUGUGUUAAAGAAAUGAUAGAAAUCACUUAGUUACUCACUAACAAAUGGGAGAAGAGAAUAGGCCCAAACUACAUCUUUCCUUGUAUCCAUUAAGUUUGACUGAAUGAAGAAACCGUUGAUCCAUGUAUCUGACUGAUAAAACUGAGGGUAUAUGUAGAAAAAUUCAUUUAAGGAGAAUACAACUAGAUGGUAUACAUAAAUAAUGAGAAAUUUUGGGAGUGUGCACCUGUUUCAUUUUUUUCUGUAAAAGAUGUGUGGCUUCUUUACCAACUGAGCUAUCAGAGAAGCUCAAAUUGAGAGUUGCUCAGUUGUGUCCAUCUCUUUGCAACCCCAUGGACUACACAGUCUAUGGAAUUCUCCAGGCCUGAACACGGGAGUGGGUAGCCUUUUCUUUCUCCAGGGGAUCUUCCCUAUCCAGAGAUUGAACCCAGGUCUCCUGUGUUGCAGGCAGAUUCUUUACCAACUGAGCCACAAGGAAAACACAAGAAUAUUGGAGUAGAUAGCCUAUCCCUUCUCCAGGGCAUCUUUCCCACCCAGGAAUCCAACCAGGGUCUUCUGCAUUGUAGGCAAUUCUUUACAAGCUGAGCUAUCAGGGAAGUCCUAACGGCAAGCAAGCAAGCUAUAAAAGGAUUCCAUGCACAAAAUAACCCAUUUCUUAUAUAUAUCAUAUUUCUGUAUACAAUCUAAAUUCAUAUUCAUACUUGUAGCCAUGAGAU